AUGGCAGAAAAGAAAGGUGAAGACACAUCCUCCGAAAGUGAAGUCUCAGAUGAAGAAGAUGAUGAUUUGGUCUUGGAAGGAGUGAUUACGAGAAAUCCAGAUGUUUCGGAUUCGGAUGAUACUUCCAGCAGCAGCAGCAGCAGUAGUGGCGAGGAUGACGACGAUGACGAUGACGAUGACGUCAAACCACCGCCAUCCAAAAAGGCCAAGCAACAGCAGAAGACAACAGCAGCAACGCAAAGCAAAAGGAAUAAGAAGGAAGAGCCACCAGCACAAAAUAAGAAGAAACAAAAGAAGAAACCCAAAGAAGGCCCCGAAGUGAUUCAAGUGGAUUUUACCUUUUGUGACAUGCACGAAAAGUACUUUCACGGACUGAAAACCUUAUUGACGGGAACCAGUCCCGUUUAUGCAGCACAGUCGUCAGGUCUGGCCGACAUGAUGAUCAAAAAUGUUUCGGUGGGGACUGUCAUUAGUACCGAAGCGGAUAGUGACGGGGAAGGUACCAUCUAUGGAUAUGCCUCGGUCUUGAAUUUGACGACAUACCAAGAAGAUCCGGCAAUUCAAGCAAUCAAAAAGAUUUGCCUCGACAAGUGUCCCGCUGCCCACAAGGCGGAAUUGCAAGUUGUCUUUUCGGGAAAGACCAAACGACCGGCUGGCAUCUAUUUGCAGGGACGAAUGGUCAAUUUGCCACUGGAGAUUGUGGAAGUCUUGCACCAACAAUUGGUCUUGGAUAUGGAUUGGGCCGUCAAGAAUGCCGAAGGAGUGGACCGAAAGUCCUUGGACUUUGGAGCCUUUGUACGAAUCGCCCCCGCCUACAAGUCUGGCGGUGCGACGUACUUCAAAUACUUUGACGAUGAAAUAUUUGCCCAACAUGCCGAAUUUACCUUUGAAAUAGAGUUGCCCAAGACAUAUGAUAUGGACGAAGCGCCAUUUUGUGUGGCUCUGGUCAUUACCAAGACUGGACACAGAGCCGGUAUGGAGUCAUUAUCCGAAAUGAUCAACGGGGGUGCAGCAUCUUGA